AUGUAUUUUUUCCACUCUCCUUGGGCGGAUCUCAGCGAUUUCCAAAUUUCAACAUCCACUUCCCCUUCUACUUCUUCAUGUUUCAUCCUUUCUUUCUUUUUUCAAUCUAUUCCUUUUUUAGAGUUCCUUUAUAACUUCCCACUUUUCUUUUUUUUUUUACAUCUCCAUUUUCACAAUAUUCGUUUUCUUUCUUCUUUCUUUCUUUUGCAUCUUCUUUUUCUUCCUUUCUUUCUUUUUUUCUACUUUUCUUCCACCGUUUUCACUAUAUUCCUUUUCUUUCUUUCUUACUUUCUUUUUUCUUUCUUUCUUUCUUUCUUUCUUUCUUAUAAAUCUUGCCUCUUUCUUCUUCUUCUUCAUCCUCAUUUUUCACCCUAUUCCAUUUCUAUAUUUCUUUUACAUCUUCUCUCUUUUCUUUUUUAUUACUUCUUCAUUUUCACCAUAUUCGUUUUCCUUCUUUCUUUUCUUUUUUUCUUUCUUUCUUUCUUUUACAUUUUCUUUCUUUUCUUCUUCUUUUUAUUCAUCAUUUUUCACCAUAUUCCUUUCUUUCUUUCUUUCUUUCUUUCUUUCUUUCUUUUAAAUCUUGCCUCUUCCCUUCAUUUUCUUCUUCUUCUUCAUCUUCAUUUUUCACCCCAUUUCUUUUUCUAUAUUUCUUUUACAUCUUCUCUUCUUUCUUCAUCUUCAUUUUCAUCAUAUUUCUUUCUUUCUUUCUUUCUUUCUUUCUUUCACAUCUUCCUUCUUUUCUUCUUCUUUUAUGUCCUCAUUUUUCAAGAUCUUCUUCUUCUUCUUCUUCUUCUUCUUCUUCUUCUUCUUCUUCUUCUUCCAUGUGCCUCACCUACUGAUAGACAAUCGAACAUUUACAUCAAUCUAACAUCGGUCGGUUCUUUCAUUGAUGUCUCUAACUCUGUACUUAACCAUCUUUUUUCAUUAUUCAAAUCUAUCUAUCUAUCUAUCUAUCUAUCUAUCUAUCUAUCUAUCUAUCUAUCUCAGUCUGUUCAUAUCUACCGUAUAUUAUCUAACUCUGUUCAUAUCUAUCUAUCUAUCUAUCUAUCUAUCUAUCUAUCUAUCUAUCUAUCUAUGAAAACAAAAUCAAUUCUAAUCGCCACACACUCUUCUUCACCUUGUCCCGAUAUUUGCAUAGUAGAUCUCACAAUGCCACCUCAUCACCCCCCGCCCUCAUUCUCAUCCUUUCCCUCAACUGUUCAGUCAAGCGACCCAAGAUACACAAGACGUCAAGCGAAUCCCAAACAUAAAUUUACUUCUGCACGAAGAUUCAAAGUGAAGAUCAAAUAA